UGGAAGAUGGCUACACCAGACUCUGGAUAUGGCGCCUUGCAUUGACCACCAUACCACCCCAUACCACCGGCUAGAUCAGAACAGUGGUAUCUUGGCGGCUUCGGUGCGGCGCCAUCGAUCUGGCCGUGUCGUGCGGCUUGCAUACUCAUCUGAGGUCUUCCAGCGUGCGAGUUACCUCAGUGCAGGCCCCCGUCGAGUCCGUUGGUCCCUGGUCUGUCCUCGCAUGGCCAUACGGUAAUUUUGUGUUGACAUUUCUGAUUUAGCUUUGACGUGUCCAUCCAUUGUGGAAUCCAUUUUCGGACAUCAUGAGGGUAAAAGCCAAAUGUGUUUUGCUGCUUGUCCUGCUCACAGUUUUGGGAAUCACGCUGCUGUAUAACUACCAUGCUGCUGUGGAUGAGGAGGUGCCUGGUGAACUGACGCGACGUGAGCGUCUUCUCCUACAGCAAGUGACCAGAGACCCCAACAGAGUCAUCCAUUACAACUACCCCAUCACCAACGAAGCCAGCAUUAGCAGGGAACCUAUUGACAUUAGUGUAGAGAUGCCAGCAUGGCAGGAGGUUGAUAAGCACAUUGUGGUGGUAACAGGCUUCAGUCAGAAGAAGGCCUACGUAGGUCUAGGCUUGAUCGCCUCUGUUCAAGCUCACAUGCCAGUCAAGAAAAUUAUUGUCUACAACUUAGGAGUCCAUCCCAAGAUAGUCAAGCAGAUGGAGCAGAUGUGCAACGUGGAGGUGAGGCGGUUCAAUUUCACCAACUACCCCAAGCAUGCUGCUAAGAUUGAUAACAAGGCCUGGAAGAUAUUUGCUCUCAGGGAGGUUCUGAUGGAGUAUGGUGGAUUCUUCUAUGCAAGCCCUCAAGUUCGUUUCCGUGCUCCUAUCAACUUCAUCAUCCCCUACAUCCUCAAGCAUGAGGGCAUCAUCGCCAUAACCAACCCUCAGAACCUCAGUGUAGAGGUCACGCACCCUGACCUCUACGGUAUCCUCCGUACCAGCCCCGCCCGGUUCACCAAGGCCCACCCCAACGCUUUCAUCGCGUCAGAACACAUGUGGCUUGCGCUCAACGGCUCGGUGCCGGAGACCAAGAUAUGGACGCCGCUCCUUGACUGCGCAUCCAACUGGCGCUGCAUUGGGCCUCAUGGCUCGACGUGGGGUGACAUCGAGCCCAAUGUGAAUGGUACAAAGGCCCACACGCAUCGCUAUGACAUGUCGGCUCUCUCGCUGCUGCUGUAUCGUAACUAUUACGAUUCGUGGCAUAGCGAUACCAGUAUGAACGCUAUCUUGAAACGGAUCGCCGAUGUGAUCUAUCAUUUGGAUCUUCACGACUACUUGUGGGCUCAUUACUGCAAUCCUCCAAAGAAAGAAAUAGACUGCUCUAUAGAGAGAAAACUUUGCUGAACUAAUCGAAGUUAAUUGAAUAUUUUUAUACAGUUGAAUUGAUAUUCUGCUGAUUACCUAAGACAUGCCUAUCAUUUCUAAGUCUUUCCUGAAUGAAAUAAAUCAUGAAAUGAAACGCUAAAUGUUGUGAAUCUCUAUAUAAAUUUUGUAAUGAAAUAUCUUCAAAUGUGAAAAAAAAUUGCUUGAUAUUUUAGGGAUAACUUUUCAGAAUGUUUGGUAGCAUUUUCUUGCAGUAUUCAGUUCACAGGUGCUUUAUCUCUGCUACUUUAUGCACUACGCAAAAUGUAUUUCAGAUAUCCUAAAUGACUAAUGUAAAAGAUGUUAUUUUUCAUUCCUUUGCAAACAUGAAUGAUUAAUUUAGAUGUUAUUGUAUAAUGGAGUUGGUCGUAGAAUUUUGUAAUUAUAUUUAAGGAGAAGUUAAUGUAUGACAGCUUAUUCAAUUUUCUGUUAUUUAUAUUGUACCGGUAUGUUACUUCUCUAUAUAUAUCUUGUGCUUUUGAAGGCCAGUUUUUCUUGUAGCUGCAAUGUAUCAUUGCUAAGCUUGGCCUGUUAGUCUUUAAUUUGUUCAUUAUCAACUAGCCUAAUUGUAGCUCUGGAUUUUUGUUUUUCUUUUAUAGAUGUUCAAUGCAAAGUUGUGCUGAAGGGAGACUAGGGACAAUCUAUUCCUAUUCAUUGGUACUGUUCAUGAGAAUUGAUAGCCAUGCAGAGUGAGCUUUACAUUUUCUUUGCAAUGUUCUCUUCUCAUACAUAUGCAUUUCAAAGUUCUUGUUGUAUUUAUUCUAAGAAUGUUUGUAUGAUGUAGAAGAAAUGUAUUCAUUGUGUAUUCAUGUAGUUUUUAUCAGUAUUAUAGAGUUUUUGAUGAUUAUGCAGUAUUAAUUGAAUGCCUUUUGUAUCAGAUUUUGUACAUUCCAAAUGCAAUAUUUUUAUCAACAUAGAUUGUAAUUAUUUUUGUAUUAAUUAUUUAUAAGUGAUUGAUUUACUUAUAUUUCCUUUUUUUAAGAUCUGAAUGAUUAUUAUGCUGAUUCCAUUGAAUUAAAAGAAUAGUGAAUAGAACUUGAA